UACUACAUAGCCCAAUGUAUCCAAGUUAGCUUUAGCAAUGCAAGCUUUAGGAAACAUUGCAAAAGCUAACAUAGCUACAUAGCUUAUAGCUACUUUGUGUGCUUAGCUUUAGCUUUGGGGCUGUGUAAGCUAUGUUGGCUGUGUGGGAAUGUUUUCAUGGAAGACAAGCUUUAUUCCUGCAACCAUUUACUGGGUUUCAUUAAACAUUUUGUAAUUAGGUCUGCAGGUCAGGUUUUUGACUUUUAACUUUUGUUAUCAUAAUCCUUACCUUAACCCUGACCCAAACUCUAAACAAAUUUGAUUUCAAAAGUUGUAGUUAUUUCCACUAUGAGAUAAACAGCGUCUCAGACGAGUGGUCGUGAGAGUGGCUGUUUGGAAAACACCAAAAACAAAUUAAUAUAAAUUAGUUGCAUUUUAAAAUCUGCCUGGACAUUUCUAUAAAAUUGCUUAACAGCUAUUUUUUGGUUGGUUUUGUAUCAUGUUACAGGUAGUACAUUGAUGAAUAAAGAUUUAAAAGGAGGGAGAGCAAGGAUGUGGGGGGCCCUAUGCCUGCGUUUUCCUGGGGCCCCAAAAUUGCUAAAUCUGCCACUGAGUUAUCCAGAUCUUUUAGAGUGGAACAAAAUAAGGUUUAAAAAAUACUCAUUGUGACUCUAUAAAGCAAUUUAAUUUGUAUGAAUGAAUAAAAAACCUCACCUUGCUUUACCUUUGCAUCCUUUUUUGGUGCAAAACUUACCACUAGAGGAGCCAUACUCUACCAAUUUAAGGAUUAAGAUUUUGUUUUUAUGACGUCAAUUCUGAGAUGCAAUUAAAAACAUGUACAGUAAAGUCCCGUUUCCUGUUUACAUCUUAAAUUUUAACUACCAAAAGCCCAGUCUCAAUCAGGUCUUUCUGUGAAUAGAGGAGGAGAAAGGUCAUGGCCCACAUCCCGGGGGAAAGUCUUGCUUCAGGAAACACAUUAAAAGAUUGAAUGAAUGGAUGGUCAUGGAUGAGCUUCCAGAGGAAGAGGAGGAGGAGGAGGAGGAGGCUUUGGGUUACGGGCCGCCCCCUCUCCAUCACCCAGCCCCCCAAACACAGACGCUACAUUCACCAGAGGAAACGGAAAAGACGAAACAUACAAGAAGCUUUUUCAUUUUAAAACCCCGGGGCUGUGGAAAGAACAGAGAGUUCCUUUUUUAAACCUAAACUUCUUCACUCUUGGCUCCGUCUUUACACCACUAAAUCCGGACUUCCUCUCCCGUUAUUUCCACGCUUUGCCCCUCUCCUCCAGCUGUUUGCAGCUGGCACAAAGCACCCGCCCUGUUUGGGGGAAAAAGACACCGAGAGUGACUGGAGGUGGAGAGAGAUGCCACCCGAACCUCCACAGACGUCGCAGGUGAGGAAGAACAUCCUGAAGUUCCUCAAGAGUUUUCUGGGAGUCGUCCGGAUUCUGCAGAUAGUUUUCGGAGCAGGGCUUUGGGUCCCCAUCGCCGCUAACAAGUACGAUGGCUCCAUCCACUUCGUCCUGUUCGUGGCUGUCCUCUUCUGGCUGCUCACCCUCGCCCUCUUCUUCCUCACUCUCCUGGGGAAGCAGGACCUGGUGCCUCUGCUGGGAGGGGAGCGCUGGUUGUGCACCAACUUGGCGCACGACGUGGCCGCCGCCUCGCUCUACCUUCCGGCCAUCGGGGUCAUUAUCCACAAGAUGGAGCGCUACACUUACUGCACCCUGGAGCAGUACAUGCACUCGUGUCUGUACAAGGUCUACCUGACGGCCGCCGUGUUCGCCUGCCUCUGCUCCCUGGCUUACCUGCUGUCUGUUAUUUAUGGCGCGUGCAGGAAGUGUCGAGGGGAACAGACGGUCAUCUGAGGGGACUGAUGGCUACAGGAAGGGGUGAGGGGUGAGGAGAGAGGGGAGGGGGGUCUCCACAGCAAGAUGAGGAAUAGUUAACUUCACUGUAUUUUAACUCAACAGGUUUAUUUCUGUUGUCUCCAGCUUUGGAUGAUGCAAAAUCAUCAAACAUCCCUCAGUGGCCUUACAGUCAGUGAUGCUGACAUGAAAAUACCAAAGCAGAUUAUUGUGGGUGUUUGAUUGAAAAUUGUACGAGGAAUGAAAGGACCAAACCCAUUUUUGAACAUACACUACAUCUGUAAAUGUAAAGGUAAAGCCAUGCCUCAAAGCCUUGUUUUUCAAUUUGUAAAUCAGUGUUCCCUAUAAGUAUACGAAACAACAGCAGUACUCUUGUAGCUUAUAUUUGUUAACUGAAGAGUUUUCCCAACAACAGUAUUAGUAUUGGAUUAAAAUGUUCUAUUAUAUAUUGGUGAGUAAGUCAGUCACUACAUAGAUCCAGCACAAUACUUUUAAUCUUUUUAUUUCAGGUAAACUAUGGCAUUGUCUCCUACAGAGAGUUUGCAUAGAAGUGCAUGAUGACAAUUCUAAUGACAAACACCUAAGUGCAAGUGCAGUAAACAAUCAGGCUUUGAGUGCUUUUUCAUAUGUGGUACCAACUCAACUUGUCUCAAAUCUCUGUUUUGGUGCCAGGUACUCUUUUCCUUAUCACAGAUCAUACUUUGAUAGCACCUCCUUAUCGCUGGGGUCGUCAUAGUGCAGAUGCACGAAACUGGUGUUUAUGUUCAAGUCAACAACACUGAGGCGAUAGUGUACCUGGUUUUCAGCCACAGCUUUGUUACAUAGCAAGGAGGCGUGUUUUGUUCCAGAGCCGGCUGCAAGAGUCAAAUCAAAUGCUACUUAAAAAUACAGGGGAGUUUGGGAUAGUCAUACAACAGUAUGAGAUAGAAAUGUUCCUAGUAAAAUAAUUUUAUACCCGGUUACGGCAAGUUAUAAGUGUGUUUAGCUUUUUGUAUAAAAGGUGCAGUGUGUAAUAUUUAGCCUUGUAGCAUUUAGCAAAGCAAACUUGCUAAAAAUGAAAAUGAUAUUUAUGUAGGCCUGUCUAAAUAAGUGUUAAAUCACCUGGAUAUGACAUUCUUUUUUAUCCGUAUUAACUUAGGAAAUGCCUUUUAUUCAUACAUGGGGAAGGUCCCCUCCAUAGGCGCUGCCAUCAUGGAUUUUUGCAUGUUCCAACAGAAGGAACGAAAUAAUAAUAAAUCAGUUUUAUAUAGGUGAUUAAACACUAAUUUAGAAAGGCCUGCUCACAAAUAUAAAUAAAUAUUAUACAUUGUACCUUUAAAACAAGUAAACAUAUUCUGUGAUCAAACUUCACAUUGUAACGGAAUGUGGCUUACGGUGACAGUGCUGGCUGUUUUUUGCAAGUUGACGUCCACAUUCCUUAACCAAGGACGACAUCCCAAUUUGCUGAAAUACACUGUUCCAAUGAAAUGCUAUCGAUGCUAUCUGCUCACCAUUGUUUACAUCAGAUUAAAGAGCAUAAUAACAGUGCAGCAUUAGUCAUUAAGAACAACUCCAGGGGCUGCUUCCUUGGUAGGAAAACGAGGUCGCAUUGAGGUGGAAGGGUACCAAAAUGAAGUAUCAUUAUCUGUGUCGAAAUUUGGUCCAGUAGUUACCGGAUGUGUUGGUACUGGUACCAUGUCGGUAUUGGAUUUCGAUACUCAUCACUACUUGUAAUUCUGGUGCCGACUACCAAGACUUGUUUCACCAGAGGUGAUAUCAAGAUAGUACCAGAUACCAGGUACGAUCCCUAAAAAAGUGAGCAGAGUUUAGACGAGUUGAGCAGGUACUGACUAGUGAAAAAGCACCAUUUAUCACCAACUCCAUUUCCUCUUUUCAUCUUGCCAAUCUAACUAUAAAUACUUACCAGAACACUCAUCUUGGCCUUGCAUUGCUAACCACUUCCUUUACAAGAAGUCCUAAAGAGUUUGCUGUCACUUCUGGAGGCUUAGUGUCAUGGUUAUGAGAUGAUUAUGUAAUGGUAACAAAUAAAAACACUGCCGCACUAGUGGUGAAUUGUCAGCAAGCAAUUUCUCCCCCUCUUAAUAUGUAUGUUUAUAUCUUCAUGGUAUCAGAUAGAUACUGGCUGAUAUUCAGGACUAUCUCUAUCUCGUGCUGACAUUGAAGUAGAGGAGGAAAGCAAUGUGCUAAGCAGCCUUGAAUGAGAGUCUGAAUGGAGGUAUGAUAGGAAGGCAACAUGCAUCUAUGAUAGCAUAAGUCUAUCAUGUUAAAGCUUUGUCUCCAUCUAUUAUUAUAAUGUAACUUCCCUCAUAAAAAGCAUUAAAAUCCUCUCCUAACAUCAUGUGCAAGAACAGUUUCCAGUACAUUGCUACUUAACGUGCUGUUUUGUAGAUUAAAUCCUCCUACAGGACAGAUGUUAUUUUUGGUUUUAAAAGGGAUCUUUUUUAUUAUCUUUUUAAAGUAUAUAUUUUUAUGUAUUUACUUGUUUUUGUAUGACAGCAAACUAAACUGAACAAUGACCAAAGAGUGUUGGACUAUAACACUUUGCUUUUGUUUUUGUUCUGGCAAAAGAAAGUUUUAUCGUUGCCUUCUGACAGAGUUCUGUUUACUUUAAAAAGUGAUGUUUGAAUUGAUGUGAUUGGUGCUACAAUAUGUAUGCUGAACAAAAAUACUCUUAAAGUGAUCAUUAUGUAAAGCCUAAGAGCAAAAAAUGUGGAGGAAUAAAGACCAGAAAGUGAAAUGUU